AUGGUGUACAAUUCGUUGACCGAAGCCCCUCGCAACCUCAAGGAGGGUAUUGACUGGCUGGUGGCUGUGAAGGGAACUGAUGCUGAAAGCAACAUUGCUGCUUUGGGUGAGGCAGUUCACAAGUUUCUCGCAGACAAGCCUGUCGGUAGCAUGCAGGUGCCAGCUCUCGAGAAAAUAAAACUUAUCACUAAAGAAUUCAUAGGGCAAAAGAAUCUUAAAGGGAGCUGGUUCGUGAAAAACAUAACGAAGCGAGUCGGCUCGGGUCUCGGAAAAACAUAUGACACACUCGUCAAAGAUUUGGGAUAUGUCCGUGACAGCGAUUAUCAGAACGUCGUCGAUGCAGAAGGAGUUAACGCUGACACCAUCGUAGAAAACUUGAAUAAAGUUAUGGAUGGUACUGAGAAAUUCUUGGAUGACAUCAAAAACCCUAACCAAUAUACGUCUGCUUACAGUUCUAAAGCGACGUGGGAGGCUUCGUGCGCGAAGGACCCGGAAGCCUGCGCCGUGGUCCUCGUGGGCAUCGCACCAAUGUUAUACACCGGCCUACGGCAUUUGCGGACUGCAAGCAGUGAACAAGCCGGGCUAUUACAAAUAUUUUAUGGAAAAAAGAGUUUGAUGAAUUUGUUGAAUGCAGCGGGUUACAAUGAGUCGGAAUGCCGCUCUGGGAUAAGUGCGGGAAAUGUCGUCAAUGCAUUGAGGGGUGUGAAUGACAGCGUGUUGUACAUUCUCUACGACCUCGCUGGAUUCUGGGCUUUCUAUUGA